AUCAUUACACACCCUCGCCUUCAUGACUACAACCCAGAUAUACAAGAUAAAUUUUAUAUACCGACUGAGCCUGGGUCCACCACCUAUCUGAAUUUCGUGAGGCGCCAGGUGUUCAGUGAGGGUAUUGAUGGUGAUAUCUACGGCAGUAUGUUCCUAGUCGGCGAGCAAAGCAGUAAUAUUAGCAAGGGUAUAGAUUUGUGGGAUGCAACCGAUCAAUGA